GUGCAUUGUGCUGCCAACUCAGCAUGAGCAACCACUUGGCCUACUCGCCCACUCCAGAGGUCGACCUAUCGCACGCUUCCCAGUCGAAGCGCGAAUCGUCUGUGCUUGAUCAAGACCUCGCUGUCGACUUGGACGCGUGGCGAGCGACUGCCCUGGACGGCAUCGACGGCUGCGAUCGGCCGAUGGUGUGGCGAGUUCUGCUGCAUGUUGUAGGUCCCCAUCCCACUGAAUGGGCACGCGAGUUGGACGUCAAACGCGCAGGCUACUCCCACCUCGUUCGUGACCAAAGCCCCUUCCACGACAACAACCUGGACCAUAAUCUGAACGUCGUCACACGGCGACGGGACCUGGUCAAGGAAGACGAGACCCUUCUGCACGAUAUUCAAAAAGAUGUAGCUCGAACCCACGUGGCCCUGCCGUUCUUCUCGUUGCACGGCAUGGCCAGCGAUUGGAUGGUUCGCAUCCUGUUCCUUUUUGCAAAGACCCACGAGGACAUUGGGUACAGCCAAGGCAUGCAUGAGAUCUUGGCGCCGCUGCUGUACGUGUUCGGCACGGACGUCGACUUGGCGUGGUCGCAACACGCCGAGGCCGACGCGUUUGCCGCCUUUGAAUGUAUCAUGCACCUACUCGCGCCUCUGCACUUGACCUCAAAGCAUCAACCCACUCGAACAGGAGUGCAGGUGCAAAUGGCAAGGCUGCACACGCUGUUACGGCAGCAUGAUGCUACCGUGUGGCUACAACUGAACUCGCUGGGCGUGCACCCUGAAUACUAUAGCUUCCGAUGGUACAUUACACUGUUGGCGCACGAGUUGGAAAUGAACGACACGUUACGACUGUGGGACGCGCUCUUAGCUGACUCGAAGCGGUUUGCGUUUGUCCAUUACGUGUGUGUGGCGCUGAUCUUGUCGCACCGGCACGCACUGCUGGAUCGACAGGCCGAUUUUGGGACGUGCCUUACGGCCCUGCAGUCUAAACCCACCGUGGGCAUCGAAGCCCUCCUCGCCAAAGCCAACCAGUUGCGGGAGGUCGACCGACGUGCCGACCUCGCCCGCGUAGGUCGGUCCACUGGGGGUAUUGGACUAUCCACCAAGUAAUACACUGUAGCACUAGGAUGCACCUAAUCCUGAGCACACUUGUAUUCUGUAGCCAGUAGAUUACUUCUAACGUUAGUCUAUCCUAUUCACUG